AUGUUGAGGGCACCGUAUGUGCGGGCCGCGGUGGCGGGGCACACGUGUCUUCUGCCUCCGUUGGAGUAUCGUAGCGGCGGCCGCCACGGGGCGGCAUCGAUGCUGGCGCAGCUGCGAGGCCUCGAGGAGGCGGGGGGCCCGGCGACCGCCGACGCGGCGCCCUCGCUGGCCCUGUGGCUUUACCGCUCCUCGCUGCUGCGGCGGCUGUGGCUUGAGGGCAUCGUCUUCGACGCCGUUGCGGCGCACGGACUCACCGCGCGGGACCUGACGGCGUUGCUGCACCGCACCCUUCAAACCCCGCCGUGCCUGCGCGGCGAGGACGCCGCCGCUCAGGAGGAGGCCGUCGGACUUGUGCGGGGCGUCCAGAGGGAGUUCGCGCUGCGCAUACUAGGCGCCAUUGUGGACGAGAAACAGUGGCGCUGGACGCUGCGGGAGGCGUGGGACUGUGCCGCGACGUUGGUCGGGGACUCCGUGCACCCCGACGAUGUGGUGAGUCUCUCGCUGCUGCUGCCGCUGGCGCGGCGCCUGGCGUCGCGGGGCGAUGGGGGACGCACACUCCAUGCAGGGCUGCGGGAGCUGCAGGCGCGGAAACUCCACGGCGGCGUCUUGUGGUUGCUCGCGCGACGCGCUGCCCCGACCCCUUGGCCUGAGCAGAAGUUGCUCGAGGCCGCAACCGCGGCGGCCUGUGCGGCGCCCGCGUGUGUGAUGCUGAGCGCGUCGGGCAGCAGCGCCACCGGCGACGACGAGGCUCGAAUGGCUUCGGCGGUGCAGGCGGAGGACGCCUCUGCGGCGACGCCGCAGGACAGUGUCUUCCUCCCCUUUUGGCGCCUGCUUCUCUACGAAAUGGUUCACCACGCGCAUGCCGUGCUGCGCGACCCGACGGCGCCGGAGCGGCGGCAGGCGGGGGCGCUUCUUUCCCUGCGACGUGUGCUGUGCUCCUUUCGCCGCCACGGCCGCGUGCGUCCGGUGCUGGAGCUGCACCUCGCCCUCACGGCGCCCUGGCGAGGAUGUUCACAAACCGACCCCUCCGCCGCGCAGGCACGCUACGCCCCCCUCGUGUUCCGAGAGGCACUGCUGCUGGACGCCUACGCGCUUUUGACGCUUGGGCACGUGGGCGAGACAGCCGUCGACGUGGACGAGGCAGUCGUGAGGGGAGUAACGACGAUCCAGUCCCGUUGCCUCUCCCACCUCGAGGCCCUUGCGCAGAACGAGCCAGAGGCGGGCUUCGACCGCGACGCCAUGGGACUACAUCGCGGCGCGCGGGCGGGCGUGCAGCGACGCCUGCGUGAGGGCAUUCGGCUCUCCUUCAAGUUGCUGCUGCGCCGUGGCGCGUACGAGACCAUUCGUCAGACCCUCGCGCGUUGCCCUGCACUUGGCGGCACAUGGGAGGGUGGCAAGGCCCUUGUGAUGCUCGGUAGGCACAUGGAGGCGGUGUCCGUCUUCACAGACUUUUUAAAUAGCACGCGACAACACUUUGCCUCUGGAAUUCCGCGGCACAUUCGUGCCAUGAUGCUUGAGGCGGUGGAGGGGGCUGCAAGAGGUUGCCUGAGCGACCCCGGCGGCGUGCCCGGGCGGCUGCUUCACCUGUACGAACUCACACGGACCUGGGACUUUCCCGUCCCCGCCGCCGUGACGUUUGCCGCCAUUCUCAGCGCAUGCUGUGGCGACGGCGCGGCGCCAGCGGGCCACACGGCCGGAGACGGGAGGCGGCGGUUAGACUUGAUGGCCACGCUGCUUCGUCGCCAUUUGGCGGUUGCCGCGUACGUUAGGGAUGGACUUCUUUUGGCGACGGUUGAAAUAUAUGUGGCGCUUCUGGCGGAGUGCCGGGAUGGCGCGCUGCCGUCACAUCUAGAACUGCUACACGCGCUGCAGCGGGCACACCCUGGGCUGCCCGUGUACCGCGUGGCGCUGCUGCACUUUUUGCGCGUCGGCCACCGGGACGCCGUGACCGCCGUGCUGCAGCACAUCGUCCCUAGUUGCACGGAUGCCGUCGUUUGUUUGACGCCGUUGCAGGAGCUGCCGCUCGCCGCGCUGGAGGCUCUCUCGCGACACGUGGCGCAGACAGAGUGCGGGGGGCAGCGCAUGCUCUCCGCCGUGGGGACUGCGCUGGAGUGCCGCCGGUUUGCGGAGGAGCAGCGACUGCCGUGGCAGUGUCAUUUGUGUCGUCACUGGAACAAGAAAAACGCCUCCGCGUGCCGGCUGUGUGGCUCCCUGGAGCUCGCAGUGGUGCGCUGUCGCGCGUGUGGAGGAUUUUCUCCCACCAGCGCCCCCGACUGCCUGCUGUGUGGCGCCGAAACACACGAGCGUGCGGGCGAGCAAGGAGUGCCGCAUGUGAAGGAGGACUGCAGCAUUUUUCCCCUGCGAAAGUGGCGCUGUGGGCGAUGCAAUCACACAAAUGAGCCACACCACGUGUUUUACUGCGCAAAGUGCGGGUCCGUUCAGCCGGCGCUGGAGGAGGCCUUAACGCAGACGUCGUUCCACUGCCACGUGUGCAGCCGCCACAACCCGCUUGGGCUGCUGCGGCCCUGGUGCCCGGCGUGCGGUACACUGAGCCCAGCUGCGGCUGCGGGGCCACCAAAGACCUUGUGGCGGUGCGUGGAAUGCCACACCCUCACACCGUGGCUCCUCACACAUUGCCAGGGCUGCGGUGGAACGAAGCCGGCGGCAACGUCACGCUUCGAUACCCCCUGGUUCAGUCCUGUUUGCAGUAGCUGCAGGGCGACCAAUCCCGCCUGGGGCGUCGUUUGCCAUGGCUGCGGAGCGAGGCUGGCCGCUGCCAGAGAAAACGAGGAUAAGCGGGGGGAGGAAUUGGAGGUCAACCCUGCGGGUGGUGAAGUUUCUGCGGACGCCGGCCCCACUUCGUGCCGAAGCUGUGGCCGCUCGCGCCUCGAGGAGGGCGAGGUGGCCUGUCAAACCUGCUUUGCUCCCCGCCCCGGCGCCGCCUUUCUGCUUUGGGUGUGCCUGCGGGGGAACUGCCUGGGCGUCAACCUGCACCGUGCGGCGGGCGAGGGGUUGCUGGUGUGCGGCCACUGCGGCGUCGCACACGACCUUGCCGUUGUCGGGCGCCACAACUCCAAUCCCCUGCGCUUCCGCGAGCCCUGCGCCUCCGUGCGGGAAGGCGGCGGCGGCGGCGAGGAUCCCCCGCUGGCGGCUCCAAGUGCCUUGCUGCUUCCCGUGCCGUCUGCCCCGCGCGUGUGUUUCGCCUGCGGUGCCUACUUGCAGCUGCAGAAUGUGGCUCAGAUCUGUCCGGCGUGUUUUCACUGCGGCUACGCUUCGUCCCACUCCUCAGGUGCUUCUGCCGCCGAGCAUGACGUGGCGCUUCGUCUGGCGCUCCAGGCCACGCUGCAGGCGCUUCACCGCGUGGAGAAAGGCCUCGUUUCCCGCCCCAACGCGUUGUCGCUCCUUCGCUCCACGACCCUCGCAUUCCAACGCGCACGCGAGCCGCAGCUUCCGUGGCGCGGCUGCGACCUCUCGAAUGGCAUGCGUUGCUGUGUGCGUUCGCGGGUCCCAGUGAUGGAGGAUGACACGGUCCACAGCUCCGUCCGCGACGUGGCGGAGCUCAUCCGAAGCGUUUGCGCGAUCGCCUCCUCGACUGCGACGACCACGACCGAUGCGGCCGGCAGCAGAGAGGAAUUCACGGCCACCUCAGGGCUGGAGCGGCGCGCAUGGGUUCUGCUCGCCCUCGACUGGGUCGACCUCAUGAACCGCACAACGGAGUACGACGAGUUGGGGUUUGACGUCCUGGCACAACUCUGCAUGGUGGUGCGGCCGCAGCAGGGUGCCCACAUUCACCGCGAGACCCGCUGGGCGUACUUGCGGCACAUGAAGCUGCCGAGGGAGUGGUUCGUUAACGGCGUCGUUUGCCCAACUUGCUUGCUCCCCAAAACAGGUGAGACUCGGGAGGCGGCACACACAUGCCGCUGUAAGGUACGUGUGACGGACGCUGCUAAGACGCAUGCGCCAGUUCUGACGACAACAUUCUGA